GGAAUUGUUGACAAGAUGGAGUUCUUAUUGGGAAACCCGUACGGUACUCCGGUGGGACAGUGCAUUGAAAAAGCUACAGAUGGCUCGUUACAGAGUGAAGACUGGACUUUGAAUAUGGAGAUAUGUGACAUAAUCAAUGAAACAGAAGAUGGGCCCAAGGAUGCUGUAAGAGCUGUCAAGAAGAGACUAAAUGGUAAUAAGAACUACAGGGAAGUCAUGCUGACCUUGAUGGUGCUUGAGACUUGUGUAAAGAACUGUGGUUAUCGUUUCCAUGCACUCGUCACCACCCGGGACUUUAUCGAUGGAGUUUUGGUUAAGGUUAUUUCUCCUAAAAACAAUCCCCCAGCCAUAGUGCAGGACAAAGUGCUGGCCCUUAUACAGGCUUGGGCUGAUGCUUUCCGGAGUAGUCCAGAUUUGACAGGCGUGGUUCAUGUUUAUGAGGAAAUGAAAAGGAAAGGCAUUGAGUUCCCGAAGUCAGAGCUGGAGACCCUUUCACCUAUCCACACACCACAGAGAGGUGCUUUGGAAGCCGAUCCCAGACCCAGUGCUCCAGCUCAGCCCAAACCUGCCCCUGCUUAUUCUGCUCCACCAGUCCACACACCCUCUCAGAUCCCCAGUGUGAACAUGGGUGGACCCAUCAAUCCCUCGCCGGAGCAGAUUUGCAGGCUACGUAGUGAGCUGGAUGUUGUCCGCGGCAACACUAAGGUGAUGUCUGAGAUGCUAACCGAAAUGGUGCCUGGACAGGAGGAUCCAUCUGACCAUGAGCUUUUGCAGGAGCUCAAUAGGACUUGCAGGGCGAUGCAGCAAAGAAUAGUGGAGCUCAUUUCUCGCGUCUCUAACGAGGAGGUCACAGAGGAGCUGCUUCAUGUUAAUGACGACCUUAACAACAUCUUCUUGAGAUAUGAAAGGUACGAGAGGUUCCGGUCUGGCCGACCUGCUCAUGGAGUCAAUAACGGGAUGCUAAGUGAAGCUACGGAGGAUAACCUGAUUGAUUUGGGGCCAGGCUCUCCUGCAGUGGUGAGUCCCAGGAUCACUGGCACUCCUCCCACCGGCCUGCCAGCUUCUGUACUUCCUGCCCGCUCUGCCUCGCCUGCUACGCUCUCUUCCAGACUGGCAGGUCUGGACGUGGGAGCCGACAGCGUCAGUGGCACUCUGAGUUCUCUCAACUGCCGUCAGACACAGGAUGACUUUGACAUGUUUGCCCAGACCAGAAGUGGCACGCUGGCUGAACCAAGAAAAAAUGCACCUUUUGAAGAUACACAGGCUGCAAGUGGAGGAGCUCCUACUCUUGAUGUUAGGCAACAAAACUCUGAAGGGGUUGCUCUUGUUCAGCCCUCUGUCAUGGAUGACAUUGAGAAAUGGCUCUGUACCGACGUGCAAGGAGAUGAAGGGGAAGAGGGCGUGACGAGCGAAGAAUUUGAUAAGUUCUUGGAGGAGAGAGCUAAAGCUGCAGAAAUGGUCCCCACCCUUCCAGUGCCACAGAGUACGGACCCCGCCAGUGCAGCAGGUUCAUCUGUAAGUGCUGGUAAAAAAGCAGGCUCAAUCUGGAGACACCCUGCUUCCCUAGUAGAAUGAGUUUCGGACUCUUUACUCAGCCUGAUGUGGGUGCUACUCCAUUCAGCCUGCUGUGGGCGGUAAGUAAGCAGUCCUGAGGACCCUGUGGCUCCCCUGUCUCUCCUCUGCUUCCUGCAUUGCUACACAAUCAACACUACGGCGGCUGCCUCCUAUGCAGUUUGUAUUUUCAGACUGGCUUUGUGAAGGAAUCUUAAAGACGAACAUUUUCAUCCACUACUUUAAAACGUUUAUUUCUUUUUAAAAAAUCACUUUUCAAACUGGGAGACAUGUUAGCGUCAUGUAUCUUUAAUUUGCACAUAGCAUUAAGAUGAUUCAAAUCUUAACUUAUCCCUGAUAUCUAUUUUUCUAGUUUAUUUGCCACUGAAUUCUGUCUGUUGAUGCUUUAAAGCAGCUUUUGUUUUGUUUAGAUUAAUGAGUGAUGUGUGAGUGAAAUCCCUCGUUGGCAGAUGUUGCUAAUUUCAUUUGAUGAAUAAUUUUAUAAUGUGUUCUUAAUUUGUUUUAGUUGUUUACAUUUCAUGUUGCAUAGUCUUGCAGGGUUAGCUACAAUCUUUAAUGAGAACCAUUUGGGGCUUUGCAAAAGCUAGUUAUAAAUCAUAAUCAAGCACAAGCAAACCAAUAUCUGCAACUUUAGUAAAAUCACUUGAAUCCUAAUAAUAAUAAUAUUAUUAUCAUUAAUAAUACAUUUGAUUACCAUCUAAAUCAGUUCUCUUGGAGGAUGCACUGAUGCAUUUGCCUCGUAGGUAAGCAGCUCAGCACUGAGCUCCAGUAAAAUCCCAUUGUUCAUAUUAUGUAUAUAAAAAAAAAUAACUGUAAAUUUUGCAUAUACA